AUACAGCGGCAGCACCCACCAUCUCCCAAUCGGCGGCUGCAUUCAGUUCCCUCUCCCUCUCCACUUCCGGCCUAUUUAAAAUCCCAUCUUCCCCAAUGCUCUCUCAACCCCAAUCCCUUUCCCUCGCCAAAUUCCUUCCUUUCUCCCCCUCUCCCUCGCUUUCCUUCCGUUUCUCUCCUGCUCCGAACAACUGUUUCCUCUCAUUCCCUCUCCUUAAACAACCUCCGAUUUCUCUCCGAUCAAAAACUAUGAUUUCCAACUCCAUGCCCUCUAACCAUGCCGAUUCCCUUCAAUUAGCCUUGAACGAUGACCAGCUCGAUCGUUUUGCUGAGGUUGGGAACAAGCUCGCUGAUGCAGCCGGCGAAGUGAUUCGCAAGUACUUCAGAAAGAAAGUCGAGAUUCUCGAUAAAGAAGAUUUGAGUCCUGUAACAAUAGCAGAUCAAGCAGCUGAGGAAGCUAUGGUUUCAAUUAUAUUGGAGAGCUUUCCUUCUCAUGCAAUUUUUGGAGAGGAAAAUGGAUGGAGGUGUAAAGACAAGUUUGCAGACUAUGUUUGGGUUUUAGAUCCAAUAGAUGGGACAAAGAGUUUUAUCACUGGAAAACCAUUGUUUGGUACUCUAAUUGCUCUCCUGUACAGAGGUAAACCAAUUCUUGGCAUUAUUGAUCAGCCUGUCCUGGGAGAAAGAUGGAUUGGGAUAAGUGGAAGGAAAACUACAUUGAAUGGAGAGGAAGUGAUUACACGCAGUUGUGCAAAACUAUCACAAGCAUAUUUGUACACAACUAGUCCACACCUGUUCAGAGGAGAUGCUGAGGAGGCAUUUGCUCGGGUUAGAAGUAAGGUCUGUGUAUGAGUAUUAAACAUUGGUUUCUCACAAGUUGUUUUGUUCAAUUCACUGAUUGGUUAAUAUGAAGCAAUAUUGCCAAUAAGAUUUUGAGUCUGUUAUUUGUGAAGAUUAAAUUUUUUUUGAUACAUUGUGGGGAUUUUCAGUGUUCGUCUUGUAACAACACAAAUUCAUAUCAUAAUACUAACAUUUUUCACUUUUUAUUUUUAUAUCUUGCAGUAAUCCUCCCCUACCCCCAUGUGUCUGGAUACUUGCUGACAAUAUAGCAUGCUUGGGAUAUUUUUUUAACCAAAUUGCAUGGUUCCCAUACAUUUAACCUAGAUUUAUAGAUUCUUACAUGCUAAUCUAUUUCCUUGUCCAUGCCCCUUAUUAUUGUGCAGGUGAAGGUGCCAUUAUAUGGCUGCGACUGCUAUGCUUAUGCCCUUCUGGCUUCUGGUUUCGUGGAUCUUGUAGUUGAGUCUGGUCUCAAGCCAUACGAUUUCCUUUCACUUGUACCUGUGAUAGAGGGAGCUGGUGGUAUUAUAACUGACUGGCAAGGACAUCAGCUUUCCUGGGAAGCAUCUCCAGAUUCACGAGCAACAAGCUUUAAUAUAGUGGCAGCGGGGGACAAACAAAUUCACCAACAAGCUCUAGAUACCCUAGAAUGGCAGUGAAGAUUUAUGCACUGAAUUCAAAGUUCUGAAAAUAUCUUCUGCUCCUUGAAUCCUCCUUCAGGCCUUACUUGAAAUCAAGUAACAGAGACUUGAUAAGUGCUCAAAUUAAUUUAUCAUUCUUCCUAAGUUGUAUAUCAACAGAAAGUUGCAGGAGAAUCCUUAUGUAAUAAAUGUACUACUUUUAUCCUUCAAGACAUUCCAAACAAUAUCUAAUUAGCUUAGUUAAAGCUUUUAUAGAAGUGUUGUUUGAAUAUAGCAUUUUUCUUCGU